UUCGAGACCCUGACUGAAGAAUACAAAGGCAAACGGGACUCGCUGUUCCUCCCUGCGACUUGAAGAAUUUGGCAGACGCAAAUGAAGUGCAUCAUGAAAGAAUGUGAAAACGCCGGAGUGUAUUGUGAGCUGCAUGAAGGAUCAGUGUUAGGUGCUGUUAAGUUCAGCAAAGUGUUACCAUGGGAAUGUGAUGCUGAUAUCAAAUUUCUAUCAGAGAACUACACUGCAAUUCAAAGGUUUCGUCCAAACUUCGAAGCAGCGGGCUUUGAAUUUGUAGAUGAACGAGGAACGGAGUGCUGUACGGAUGGCAGAAAAACUUGGGGCAGUUUUCUUUUGUGCAAAAAUGGAUGGAAAGUGGAUAUGUUUGGCAAGGCCAUGCUAGAGUCUGAGUUACUUGUAGCGAGCGGUCAGCAGCCGACGAAAGUAAUGUUCGCCGGGCACUGGGUGACUGCAAUGCGCAAUCCGGGACUUUCUACGCGCAAUUGAUAUGGGCCUAACAUGCAUUUACCGGCACGUGGAACACUGGUACGACACAGGACAUUGGUAUGGACAUGUUCCUUAUAAGUCGGGCAUAUUCACCAAAUGUCCCGUGCCGGGUCACAUGCGGUGUCUUGAUCGAUAUCCUGUCGAUGGUAAUCUUCCAUUUAGUUUUUGUCCACUUGUCUAAGUCCGUUAUCUGACCCAAAUGUCCUACAUAAAAAUAAAACAAAAAAUAAAAAAUUAAAUAAAUAAAUAAAAAUGCAUGCCAUGCCAUCACUUACAGGUAACGGGACUACCGUGCUUCAGACGUUUUUAGAUUUAGUUUAAAAUGGUAGGAAAUAGUGUUAAAAUAUA